UUACCAAAUCAAAACCAGUAAUGAUACGCCAUGCAUGCAUGCUUAUAGUUUCUUGUUCGUUCUCUCUCUAGAUUACUAUAUAGAGAAACUUUCUAAUUACACAUGCAUUUGUUUUGUGAAGGUGACAAGAAGCUCCAUUAUCAUGGAUGCUUUUCUUUACAUCUAUAGAUUGAAACUCCAAGUUGAAGCAAUCAAGAGAGAGUACCAAAGCCUCAUUAACCAUAUCCAAGAAGUGAAAGUGGAGAAGAUUGGGACGACGGGAUAUCUGGCGGUGACGGUGACGUGCAAGAAAUUAGGCGAUGAAGAAAUGGUGGGGCCGAUAAUGGAGGUCUUUGAGAAAAUGAAUGUGAAUGUUGUGCAAGUUAGGGUUUCCUCGCAACACUUUUUUGGGAUGGAAGCCAUUGUUGAAGACAAUAUUGAUGCUGCAAUCUUGAACCAAGCUAUUCUCCGCGUUGUGCAAACUCAAACUCAGAAGAUAGGGCUCGACUAGGUAGUGUAUAACCUUAAAACGACGUCGUCGUGUUUUCGUGGAAGGUUGUAAAAUUAGGUCACUUUCAUUUUGAAGUUGAAAAACUUGAGAGAGUGACUCUAAGCAAAAACAAUGAAUGAAAAAGACAAGGCAAAAGCAUGUUUGUGGUCAAC